CGCCACCGCCUGGAUUCGCCCUCGACCCCGACUGCAAACGCCGUCUGCGUGCCGCCGCCCGCCGCGUGGGGCAGAUCAAGGAAUGGACAAGUAUCACAGCAACACUCGCUUUGUACCCCUGAACGACCCUCCAUUUGCUCUCCGUGGUGCCUCAAACUCAUCUUUCAACAACAUGGAUAACCUUAGACGCUCCUCAGGCAUUGGGCAAACAAAGAGCCAUGCAUCUUCUCCCUUAGGAGCUCUGCGACAGAAGAUGCCUCCAUCUGGAAAUCGAUCCUUACACACAAGUCGCCCCCUGUCAGCUCCUGUCGCAAACCGCCCAUUGUCUCCUCAUCUUCCUCUGAAGAAGCCACAGUUGAGCUCUACGUUCUCCAUCUCGCACCGUAUAUUUGGCGUUGCGCUGGGCGCUGCCAUCAUAUCCAUUCCUCUUGCUACCAAGUUCAGCCUCAUGUUUGGUGUCUGAGUGAAACAGAGAUGAGGGGUGACAUUGCUGUGGGUGUUCCAUUAUUGGGCACAAUGCAACUCCAGGUGCACCUGCCAUAACAUCUUACCAGGCCUGCGUAUUUUCAUUAAUAAUAAGGAAAACUAUCAUAAUGAUCAGUGUAAAAACAAAAAAUAAAAACCUCAUUUUGGGUGUUUGUUGUUAUGAGGUCUGCAAAUCUGAAACCAGAUCCUCUGCUUUGGCUUGAAGGUUGUCCUUGCUCAUUCGACAGCAACAUUAGUCAACUUAAUUUCUCAUUUUGAAGUUUGUUCUGGCCUUGUGGUGGAUUAGCCACUUUUCUUUUGUCCUCCUAAUUUCUCUUA